UUACCAUGUCUUCCAAUCAAAAUCUAAUGGACCAAAAUAAAAAUACACGUCUCUAUUUUCCUACUCCUCCGCAGUCGCCUUAACAAUCGCUCUCUCUUUCUCCCUCUUAAAAUCACUUAGCUGCUCAACCCAAUUCCCUCACUUCCCAAAAUCCCAACCACUAAUUCCUUUCUCGGAAUAUUCCCAAUAUUUUCUCUCUCUUUUUUCCCUCUAUCCAACCACUUCUCAGAAAAUUUCCUCGAAUUGAAGGAAUUCAGAGAAAAUGAUCCGCCGGCGAUUGUUUUCUCGGAUUUUCUAAAAGAAAAUCCGAUCCGUCUCUCUCUUUCUCUCUCUCUCUGAUUCAGCUCUCCCUCAAGUUUUUCCAGUCAAUCCGAAAGCACUCGAAAGAAGAGAAGGAUCGUCGUUGACUGUGCGAUUGAACGGAGAGGAGAGCGAUGGCGGGGUUUAAUCGGGGGAAACCACUGUUAUCGGAGAAAGGGAAAGAGAGGCGGCGGAUUGCGGAGGAGGUAGGCGGAACGGCGGCGGAGUGCGCCGCCGUAUGUUGCUGCUGUCCGUGCAGCCUCGUGAACCUUGUGAUCCUCGCCGUCUAUAAGGUCCCCGCCCGUCUUUGCAAGAAGGCUUGGAAACGACGCCGUUUAUUGAAGACGAAGAAGAAGGCUUUCAUUAUGCACAACAACGAUAGAGAGAGUUCGAUGGUGCAUGGCGUUGAUAAUGGGCCCUCCAAAUUGGGCUUAGUGGCUGAGGUGAAGAAGCUCAGUCUUGAUGAUCAGUAUGAUCGUCAUAAUCAGUUGAUGAUGAACGGUGGUGAUGACAAGAAGCGUGAUGGCGGUAAUGGAACGGAGGCCGUUGAUUGGGAGAAGGAAAUGUGGGACCGGUUCGGUUCGGGUGGGUUUUGGAGAAGUCGGUCUCAGAGAGACACGUCAUCGUGACUCACUUUUUUCUGAGGAAUAUUUUUGUGUACAUACAAGAAAGUAUCCCAAAUAAAAAAAAAAAAAAAAAAGGAAAAAAGAAAAAAGAGAGUUUGGUUUUCAAUUUUCAGAGAUGAAACACUGCCAGCUCAGAUACAUUUGAGAUUUGAACACGAAUUUGGAAAAUGUUCAUUUUGGUACUACAGGGUUUAGAACUGUAUACAAUAUUAGGCUCAUAGAGAUUGAAAUUUUGAAAUACGUGAUGUCAAGUCAAUGAUGACAUGAUUUUCUUUUCUC